GGGGCGAUAGAGAUAGGCACAAGGUUGCCACGCGUAAAUGCGAGAGACCUGCGAGGCUCGGCUGCACUUUAGCAAGCUCCGCGGUGCUGAAAAGGACAGCUCCCACACGGCUGCAGGCAUGUUCACCCGGAUGCUCAAACUGAGGCUUCUCAAUGCUGUAGCCCCCGCAUACUUUUUCACGGCGACAGUGGUCACCUUCAUCCUGCACUUUGGCUUCUUCAUGCCAACGAUCUUCCCCAGCCCUGACACUUCGCCAGGAGGCUCCACAACUGUUCACACGGUCAUUUUCCUUUUCCUGAUGUUCAACGCCCUCGGGAAUUAUACGAUGACUAUCCUGUAUCCCGCAGCGAGUGCCAAUGAGACGGCGGUCCCGGUGUGUUCCCCGCACUGCUCAGACAAAGUGGACGCGCACUACCUCCUGAAUGGCCGGCACUUCUGCAAACUGUGCAAGAAGGUUAUACUCAAACGGGAUCACCACUGCUUCUUCACCGGGAAUUGUAUUGGCAACAAAAACAUGCGCUAUUUCAUCAUGUUUUGCAUCUACACUUCGUGCACUUGUUUGUACUCGCUGGUUCUUGGUGUGGCCUUCCUCACAGUGGAGUACUCCAUCUCUUUUGAGAACCCGCUGACCUUCCUGACCCUUCUCCCCCUCUCCAUUGGUUACUUCUUCACGGGAACAAUUUCCGGCCUGCAGCUCUUCCUGGUCCUGAUGCUGUAUGUGUGGCUGGGCAUCGGGCUGGUGUGUGCAGGCUUCUGCUGCCAGCAAGUACUGUUGGUGGCCCGGGGUCAGACCUGGUGUCAGAUGCAGAGGGGGCAGCUUGUGGAGAAUCGCAGCCCCUGGAGAAGCAACCUUACGGAUGUGUUUGGCACCAACUGGGCGCUAGGCCUCGUUCUGCCUGUGCACACAGCGGAGAUGUGCUCUGAGGAGGCAAUCAAGCAAGACUGAGCAUUAAUCUUAUUAUUCAUUCAUCAGCAGCUUCCGAUAGGUCACACGAACAACAAUUUGUAAUAAAUGCUCUGUAGGGCAAAUCAUUUACAUGCAAAUACAGAGGACCCUCUAAAAUCACACAACAUUGGAGUUGGGAAAGGUUUUAUUAUGUGACAAUUUAUUAUUUCCUACGAGAAAAGUAGUUUGUUGCUGAAAGAAUUGACCAGUGUCCAUAAUGGAUUGUUUUUCUAAUUUCAAAACACUUCAAAAAAAAAAAAAAAAAAAUAGAACAGAUAUACAAAGUAAUAAUAGCGACACAUUAUCCAUUGUAUAAUAAAACUAAGAUCAAUUAAAACUACUUACCCCUUGAAGAAAGACACCUAAUGGAGAGGGGACAUCUAUGUAGAAUGCUAUGUCACGUAAAGGUGUUUUACAGGUAUUGCUGGACUGAAUAAAUGUCAGAAUUAGUCGAGAUCUAUGAAGUUCAGUGAACUCCGCAUAUUCGCAGUUUGGUAUUUGCAAAGUCAUCUAGCCGCAGAUUUAUUUUGAGCGGGAGCCUAUCCUUCUUUAUUCGCUGAAAACUCACCGAUUUGCUGUUUUUGUCCAUGCCCAAAGUAAUAAAAGUACUGUACUAAUUUUCAUAGAAGUGAGUUGAGAAGCUUCAUUAAGACAAAGGUAGUGCUUUGCCGGCAUCUUACCUUUAAGUCAUUAUAACCCUUUCUGCGGGAAGGGUUUGUACAUACAUGUAUGUAUGUUCAACAUGAUCGCUGGGGACAAAACAGAUUGUUAGUACGUAUGCACAGCAAAAAUGUGCCAUUGGAUUGCAAAUAUCUCCAUUCAUUUUGAUGCUAGUCAUUAUCCAUUAUGCUUAUGGCUACAUGCUGUAAACAACUGCUUAGUAAAAUGAAUUUAUUUAAUGAGUGUUUAGUUGAUUGUAGUGUUCAUAUUGCAAUGAGCAGUCAAUGUUUCCCAACUUUCAAAAAGCAAAAUGGAUUUACCAAGUUCUGUUCGACUUUAGAGGCACAUCUUGGUUGACCUUCAAAUUGGACAACUUUUGAGGUUCCAUUGCAUUUGCUUCAUCAGGAGUUAAGGAUCACUUGGCAUACAUUCCUUUAAGGAGAGGAGCCAUAUACAGUAUAUAUAGUAGUGUACAUUUCUCUUUUACGUAGCGUUUGAAAAGGCAAUUUUUAGGACUAUAUAUAUAUAUAUUUAUCAAGGUUUAUCAUAAACAUACAUUGCUUUACAUUUUUGUAUUUAGCGCUCAACUCGAAUGUGAGCUGAAUGCUCCACACACAAAGCAGAGAAUAUUCCGGAAAUGCUAUUUUAGUUCUUACAUUUGAUGUUAAGGGCUAACAGGCAAUAGUGAUCCUUGAGCAUCAACAUAACAUUGUCUUCUGCUCUAGUGAAUUAGGGACAGCUUGGGCGAAGGAGAAGAUGGGCUACACACUGUAAUUAUCCAGGGUAUUAAUCCCAAUGUGCCAUAACAUCAUGUCUUACUUAACAUGCUUCGUACACCACUGCCCCGCAGAUGAAGCAAUAGCUAUAUACUGCUAAUACUAAUGAUGGGACGUGGUAAUGCAUAGCAAGCACUUUCCACUUAUAAUGAAUGCAGCAACUGUUUGGCAUAGUCAGUAUUAUGUUAAAGAUGUUUUAGAGUUCGUUAAAUACAAUUUUAUACAGCUAUUUUGUCUGCUCUGGCUA